UCUCUCCAUGUGGGAUGGAAAUUUCAAACAGUAAUCAAAACUUCAGGUAUUUCUUAAACCCUUAACAAUCAUCCACAACACUCUCUUCUUUUGAUCUGUGAUUUCUAUUCCCAUUUCAACACUUCAAUCCCAACCAUAAACCCUAGUUCUGUUUUCUUAAUGGUGGCUACAAUCUCACGUCUCAUUCAGAGAAAAUUUAAUCACACUGUCUACUUAUUUCAAUCAAUUUCAUUGUCCUCUGCUGCUCAAAGAACCACUGGUAAAUGUAGAUACUCUAAUAUCUUAAAUCUUGAUUUGUUAUUUUUCCCCAUUUUUCGUCGAUUUUUUACGGAUGAUUCUUUAGGGUCGUCGUCUAAGCGGCGAUUGGUUUCGAAACAAGAGUAUGAAUUAGAGGAGUUAGAUAAUGGUGUUAGUCUUAAAUUUGGAUUAGAUAGAAGAAGAAAUCAUAAUGAGGAAAAAGAGGUUGUUCAAAUUGUAGAAUUGAUAAAAAGAGAUGGAAGUGAGUUGGAGAGUAAGAUUAAUCUGAUGGAUGUGAAUAUCUCUCUUGAUUUAGUUAGGAAGGUUUUUCGGCGCUUGAAUUAUGAUGGAGUGUCAGGUUUGCAUUUCUUUUGCUGGCUUAGUGAAACACAUAUUGAUAUUAAGAGGAGUUCUGUGUUUUGUAGUAUGAUUAUUGAUAAUCUGGGUAGAGUAGAGGAUUACGAUUCGAUGGUGGUUCUAUUUAAGGAUUUUUCUCGAAAAGGAAUUUGUUUAUCUGAAAACGCAUUUGCAUUUCUAGCUGACUCUUUAGAGGAUGAAUGUAAAGGUAUAGAUAAUGUGAGAAAAAUUGUUGAAUUGUUGAAUGAAGCUGGGGGUUCAGCUGGGAGAUCUGGGAUAUUUUAUUUGAUUAAGAUGUUAUGUAUAUUGAAAGCUUUCGAUUUGGCUGUCUUUGUGAUGGAGGAAACAGCAAGGAGGACUUCUUAUUACAAUGUUCUCGUCUGGGCCAAGUGUCGUGGUAGUCAGUUCCAAGAAGCGAGGGAGUUGUUUGGUGAGAUGAGGAGAUAUGGUUGUUAUCCGAAUUCCAAUACUUACAACUAUUUGCUUGGUAGCCUCUGCAAGGACGGAAGAAUUGGCGAAGCUUGUAGCUUGGUUGAGGUAAUGAAUGAGUUGGGGUAUAUGCCUGAUGCUAUUACCUUUGAGAUAUUCAUUUUUCAUGCCUGUCGACAAGAUAGGUUGGAUUUUGCAAUGGAAUUCCUUAAUCAGAUGAUUUCUGGAGGUCUUGAACCUCGGCUAACGACUCAUGCAGCUUUCAUCAAGGGUUACUUCAACUCUAAUAGAUUCCAGGAAGCAUAUAAAUUUGUUGUUGAUAUGGCUGUGAGGUAUAAGUACUCUGGUAAUGUGAAUUAUAGUUUGCUUGCAAGCCUUCAUCAUAAAAAGGGAAAGUUGCUCGAUGCUCGAGAUAUUCUUGUUCUGAUGAUUGAAAAGGGGCUCAAACCCAAUUUUCCUGUUUAUGUCAAAGUAUCAAAGGAUCUCUAUAAAGCUGGUAUGAGCCAUUUGGCUGCGGAUCUUAAGAGUAGAUUCUCGAAGCUCAAUUCAGGCUGAGUGUAAAUUGUUGCGCAUACUCAUUUCAAGUUUUGCCAUGUAAUGUUAGUGAAUUUCCAGAUAAAAACAACAAUGUUUUUCGCCUUCUAGAGAUGUAAAUAUAACCUCUCAGCGAGUUUAAUGAGGAAGACAGCAAUUCAUUCUCAAGGAAUAAUAUCCGUUUAACUUUUGGAGUUGUCAAUUGUUAUCAUUUUGUUUCCUUUGUGUGUGGGCGGGAGUUGUAAGUAGAUGUUCACAGUGGGGAAGGAAUCUUCGAAUUUUAGUUCUUCCAAAUACAAGUAACUCUUGUUCAAGGAUUCUAAUUUUCACCUGCAUUGCUUGGGAUAAACAACUAGAAAAGUUUCUCCAGGAAGUGAAAUGAAGGAAGAAGUGCUGAGGCCUGGGUUCAUUGUACCUAUCACUAGCUCUUAGCUUCACAUCAGAGUUUGGUACUUCAGUUGGAUUCUAGUGCUGAUUCAGUUGGUAGCAGGUAGAAUUCGAAAAUGCAUGACGAUGCUAUUAGCCGAUCAGAUUAGGCAUGGCACUUACACUUGUUACUCGAUCCAUGUUGAGGAGGUUCUCAAGCAGUCCCAAGGUGAAUGUGAGGGCACGGCAAGUAUCCCACUAAUAGCCUGGGAUGAGGAGCAAGCUGAGGCGUUGGGUGCCCUACAAGCAAUUAUCUGGGCGAAGGAGAGGAAUAUUAGACAUCUGCAGCUGGAGGGUGAUAACAGCAUCAUUUUGUUUCUUUGUGUGUGUGGGGAGUUUUAAGUAGACGUUCACAGCGGAAAAGGAAUCUUUAAAUUUUAUUUCUUCCAAAUACAAAUAACUCCUGUUCUAGGAUUCCUGCAUCGCUUGGGUUAAACAACCAGAGAAGUCUCUCCAGAAAAUGAAAUGUGGGAAGAAGUGCUAGUACUAGGCAUGUAUAACUUUUGAAUUGGUUAAUAUUUUUGUUCUCAUUUGUUGUUGGUCAAUGUUUCUGUUGCGUAACAGAAUCUUGCUUAUGUUAUUGUUUCUAACUGGAUGAUGCUUUACAAUAUGACUGUUAGUU